AUGGGAUGUAUUCAACAGAAGGCUCCAAGUGCUGAUAUAUCAAUAAUCAUAUUAAGUCCUCCUCUCACUAAUUCGCCAUCAAAUGAAUUUACACUGAAACCAUAUCAUAAUGACUAAUACCCUGCUGCUCAUUUGCCUACUAAUAUUUCAAUCAUUUCUUUAAUGCCAAACUCAUCUAACACAAAGGGUUAACUUGGUCUAUGA